CCUCUUCAUAACUCCAUCUCCAUCUCCAUCUCCACGCUUUCCCCCUCACACGUCCACAGCCCUGUACGCGCGUGUUGCUGCCUGCUGAAAAUGUCGCAACGGCGCGCGUGGCCCAUGCUCGCCAAGAGAUGCCGCACCAGCAAUCGCGACAUUCACGCCGCAACCUCUGUGAAAGCAAUCGUGAAAGCGCCGCCUCGCCGGCCCACGCCCUUUAUUACCACGCCCUCGAUCCCCCCCACCUGAUGCCCCUCAUGCAGUCUCCACCCUCACUCGAGUCGUCCCCCCGCAAGCGACCUCACCCCCUCUCGCCUUCGCCUGACAGCGUCGACAAGCCGCACUCGCACCCGAAGCGACGGCGCUUUUGGGACUCGCUGAGCUACAUCCACCUCACGAGGGCCGCCAUCGCUGAGCUCAACCGCCGCAGUAUCGAAGAAAGCACUGCUCCGGUGGUCGACGAGCUACCCCGCAGCCUGCCUGACAUCCAGCACUACGCCCGCCACGGUGGACCUGACUUGACCGACUUGCGCAAUUAUUCCCUGCCAACAGACUCUGCGACUUCCCAAUCCGACUCCACCUACCCCGACACCAUGGCCAAGAAGAAGGGGGCUACCAUGGCUGACUCAAGCGGUGUCUCCAAGGGCAAACACAAAACCAAGGGUCAAGGCGGUCAGGGUGGGAAGAGCACAAAGACAGGCACCACGCCUUCAUCCAGCAAGACGAAGAACAGCAGCGUGUACGACCAAAACUUCGAGCAAUGUCUUAUCGACCACCACAUAUUUCCACCAGGCUAUUUGCGACCGCAAGACGAACAAUUCCUACCAGCGCCAGUCAAUAUCAGCGACAUUCAAGAGGUUCUACAGGCCAGACGUCCGUCUCUCGACUCUCUGGCCUACGACUCGGAUUGGCGCUCGUUUGUAAAGCAGCACCAUGCUUCCAAGCUCGAGAUCGAUGUGAUGAAGCGGGAGUUCCCCUUGAUUCAGGGCGGGGAUGACGGGUCUAUGGGCACUUUUCCCUGGAACAACCUCAACCCUCUCUUCGACCCAGAUGAAGAUGAUGAGGAUAAGAAGCUCACGGCCGGCAAUCCAGACAUCUACUACGGCACCCGGCCAGAACUAGUGGAUCGCCGCAUCCGUAAAACGCUCGACAAAUUCAUCAUUCCCUCCGUCUCUCCUGGCCGCCCCAUUGUUCCUAAUUUCGCCGUCGCCAUCAAGGCCCCAGGAGGAAACGUCAAUGUCGCCAAGAAGCAGGUCACAUACGAUGGCGCUUUGUGUGCGCGGGCGAUGCUACAUCUGGCUUCGUACGGACAUCCAGAACUCGACUAUCACGGCCUAGCCCAUGUCAUCACAUCCCGCUAUCAAGAUGGCACCCUUCACCUUUACGCAUGCCAUGUUGGGCCCCCGCAGAACAAGGGGGCUCCCGGACCUGACGGCCUUCCUGAAUACAUCACGACUUCUCUUUGCUCUUUCGCCAUGACCAACUCCGUCAAGACAUUCUGCGAAGGCGCAGCCGCUUAUCGCAACGCACGAGAUUGGUGCAAGGAGCAGCGCGAUAUUCUCGUCCGGGCGGCUACAGCUGCCAUUCCUCCACCAGCCGGUCCACAAGUUCACACCCCGUCUACUUCACCCCAAUCGGCUGGGCCUGUGCGCCGCUCCUCGCGUGUGACGAAGCCUGCAGGGAAGAAGCCUGGGAAUGCACAGUGAGCCGGCAUCUCUUUGGUCCUCCGUGCUGGCAUUGAUCUCGCCUUGCCCACGACACGGGCAUUACUACAGCGGGCACGAGGUGGAGCUUCAGACUGUCCUGAACGGCGGAGAAGGGGAAGGAUACUUUGGGCGUGGCGGAUACACAGGAUGUGCAGGCAGAGAUGGUUGCAGCAUUGCCGGGCCUGUAUUUGUCUUGACUUUGUUUUUUGCGUUGAUCUUCACGACUAAAUGACCAUUUUCGCCCCACUUGUACGCCAGACGGCAGAGGGUUGGAAGACGGAUAGAUUGCGAUGUCAUGAUUUGGAAUUUUUGCGAUACCCAGAGUUGGAAUUCAGCGAUAUGAGGAUUGAAUCCUUCCCAAGUAGUCAUAUGAAUGACAUGUGCUUCCCUGCUUUACUAUCGGGUGCUCGUCAUGUUCAUCAGUAGGGCUUGGGUAUGAAUUUUGUGAGGGUCCGAGAAGAUCUUGAGGCUACCACACAUAACUACCGCCUAUAUCGU